AUGCCUAGGUGGCCUGGCAACGAAUCUUACAAAGAUGAGGGUGAUGAGCCAGAAGAUGAUGAGGAUGGAGAGGAUGAGCCAGAGCCGAAGGCAAAGGCAAAGGCCAAGAGGAAGCCCAAGGCGAAGGGAAAGGCCAAGGCAAAGGCCAAGCGUACCCCCAGGGCACCCUCUUCGGCAGGAUCUCGCAAGAUGAAACAAGCCGAAAGGUAUUCCUCAACUUAUGCCAAGAUUGGAGGUUUCCCUGCUUGCCACCUCUACUCCUGGCUCAAGCUUCUGGACGAGGACAACUUCGGAACGGUGUUGGAGAACAGGUUGGACAAGCCUGCCAUCCUUGCAUACCUCUUUGUCAUGACCGGGGUGUGCCCUGCUGAGCGACCUCCAUCGUGGGAGAGGGAUGAGAUCGUCACAGAGUUGCGGAAGGAGUGGCGACGCUUUGGCUACCCUUUGCGAGGUGAUGACUUUAUCGAACCCGAAUAUGUGACUCAGCUGGCCAAGAAAUGGAUGUGCACUUUCGCCAAGGUCAAAGGUGAUGGCCAGAUUAUCAUGCCUGAUCGAGUGCAGCAUCCGGGGAAAGCUUGGAUCAUGGAGGAGGCGGCAGCUUCCAAGACUCUUGGCCAGGAGAAGGCAACCUUGAUGGUGGAAGGUAAGACGGAUCAGAAGAAGGAAGCCAAGAUGGACCAGAAGCCAUCGUCUGCUGAGAAGACCGAGGAAUCAGAGUUCAAGAUUAUCUAUCGGGAUGGGGGCCAGAGAUUGGUGAAGUUGAACUUCCUUGGGAAGAGGGUGGCUGAUGUGCCUUUGCCGGCAAGCGCAUCCAACUUCAAGAUCAUAUACCAGAAUGGGUGCUUCUUGCUGUCGAGCAAGGGUGGGGCUGAUCUUUAUGACUGCGAGGAGUAUGUGGGCAUUCUGAUGCCUCCUACUGCAGGUUUGGGAUUUGGUUGGGUGCUGCUUGCAGGAUGA